UUACCGCGCUUUCAACACGUACUCACAUCCCUCUUACCUCGUUCUGCAAAAACCCCCAACUCGAUACAAUGGCUGGUCGCGGCAAGGGCAAGACCUCUGGCAAGAAGGCCGUGAGCCGCAGCGCCAAGGCCGGCCUGCAGUUCCCUGUGGGCCGCAUUGCGCGCUACCUGAAGAAGGGCAAGUACGCCGAGCGCAUCGGUGCCGGCGCGCCCGUGUACCUGGCCGCCGUGCUGGAGUACCUGACUGCUGAGGUGCUCGAGCUGGCCGGCAACGCCGCCCGCGACAACAAAAAGAACCGCAUCGUGCCUCGCCACAUCCAGCUGGCCAUCCGCAACGACGAGGAGCUGGGCAAGCUGCUGGGCGAGGUGACCAUCGCGUCGGGCGGUGUGCUGCCCAACAUCCACGCCGUGCUGCUGCCCAAGAAGACCAAGGGCGGCAAGGGCGAGGAGACUGCCUAAACGCCUGGCCUCGUACACCCAUAC